AUGAAAUCCACAUUCUCCCUCCUCAUCUCACUCACCCUCCUCACCCCCCUCACACAAGCCCAAACAACCAUCAUAAACAACACGUGCAGCGGCAGCAUCUUCAACAACAUCUGCUGCAUAAACGGCCAAUUCACCGGCCCCGCACUCUCUACCUUCCUCUCCUCCUUCGCAACCCGAGAAUCCUCUCUCGACGCAUCCCUCUCCUCCCAACUAGCAACCCUGGCAUCCCUUUCUCUUCCCGCACCUCUAGCCACCGACGACAUACAAGGCGGGCGAAAUGCUCAGAGGGGAAGUGGCAGCGCGACUGUCACGGCAAGAGCGGUGCUAGAGAAGAGAGUCAUCACUACGGAGGUAUCGCCGGGGUUGACUUGUGUUGGGGACGAGGUUCGGACGCUUGGGGGGCGUGUGAAUGGGAGUGGGACGACGGUUGAGGGGUCGGUGUUGCCUACGCCGGUUAAUGGGGUUGGGGCGGGGAGUACGAGUACUUCUGCGGCUGGGGCUGUGAAUGCGCAGGUGGGUGGGGGUGUGUUGGUUGGUGGUGUGGUGGUGGCUUUUGUUUAUGGGGUUUUGUAG